AUGGAAGGGCCGAGCAAUCUCCACAUUCAGCACAUUCUCCGGCUCUCAUCCAAAACGACGUCCCUCUCCUACCACCUCACCACACACCUACGCCUCAAUGGCGUCUACUGGGGCCUCGCCGCCCUCGAGCUCAUGUCGCCAGGCUCCUCUCUCCUUCCCGCACAAGAUCUGGUUGAUUUCGUGCGAUCAUGCUACGAUGCAAGCUCAGGGGGCUUCGGGAGCUUCCCAGGUCAUGACGCACAUGUGUUGAGCACCUGCUCAGCCGUGCAGGUUUUGGCCAUCAAGGGACGUUUGGAAGACUUGCCAGAUCGAGAGGCGACGGUGGCGUUUAUUCUCUCGCUCUUCAACCCAGUCACGGGACUUCUUUACGGAGAUCGGUCGCGACUAGAGGAGGACAAUCGUUUCCUCUAUUGCGCCGUGAAUGCUCUGGCGCAUCUGAGUGCAUUGGACAGGCUGGAUAAGGAGAGAGCGGUGCAGGGCGUAUUGAGCUGCGUGAAUUUCGAUGGCGGGUUCGGGCGGGUGCAAGGAGCUGAGAGCCAUGCUGCUCAAGCCUUUACGUGCCUGGGCAUUCUCUCCAUCCUCUCCUCAUUAGAUCGCCUGCCCUACCAGGGACAGCGCGCCGCCGCCUGGCUCUCAGAGCGUCAGCUGCCCGGUGGUGGCUUGAAUGGCCGCCCACAGAAGUUGGAGGACGUCUGCUAUUCGUGGUGGGUACUGAGCUCACUCAGUAUCUUGAGGAAAUUGGACUGGAUUGACGGGGAGAAGUUGAGACGGUUCAUUUUGUCGGCACAGGACCCGGACCUCGGAGGCAUCGCAGACCGACCGGGCAACGUGAGCGACGUCUAUCAUACCUUCUUUGGGUGCGCUGGCCUCUCUCUAUUGGGACAUGAGGGUCUGCAGCCCAUCGACCCAGUCUAUGCCAUGCCGCAGCGCGUGGUGCGUGAGCUGGGCAUGGAGAGACCGUACCAGCGAGCGCUGAUAAAGCCAAGUAGCUGA